AUGAAAUACCUUGAAUACCCUGGCAUGGAUAAUAUCAACAGUGCUCUCAAUUUUGAGACACCAGAGUGUAGAGUCCAUGGCAGAGUUGAACCAUAUUCAUGCAAAGCUGCAGGAGCGGACAAGAAGCUAUACAAGCAGUUGGAGAAUAAAUACGACCCUACAUCACCAAACAACACUCUCAGUCCACCAGACGACGAUGGGUUCAACAAUAUACGAAACAUCAUCUCACCUUUUGGACCAAUGAACCAGCCUGCCUCGAGAAAGACGCUCUUUUAUUUGAUUGGGACUCUGAAUGCAUCUUUCCCAGAUUAUGACUUUUCAGACGUUAAACCCGAACAAUUCCGGAAGGAGCCUUCAGUGUCAAUAGUAGUGAAUUCGAUCAAUUCAACGUUACUGAAUCAUGGAAACGAGCGUGCUGUCAAGGACAUUGGCCUUUGGGAAGCAAUCGACCAAUUAAUAGAGUUGGCUGAUUCUGAUGUUUAUUCAUACAACCCAGAGAGCGACUCUGAUCCUAAUGAUGAAGAAGGAGGAACACUGUGGUCGUUCAAUUACUUCUUUUAUAACCGGAAACUAAAACGCAUCAUCUAUUUUACAAUGAGAGGAGUCAGCCACAAUGUAUUGACAGAUGACGAUGAUAUGGAAGACAAUUAUAACUCUGACGAUGAUAACAACAUUGGCUUUGCACAACGCAAGAAAAGGUAA